UGAACACUCUGGGAAGGAGAUGGACUGUACUGAACACCCUGGGAAGGAGAUGGACUGUCCUGAACACCCUGGGAAGGGGAUGGAGUGUACUAAACACUCUGGGAAGGAGAUAGACUAUACUGAACACCCUGGGAAGGAGAUAGACUGUACUGAACACUCUGGGAAGGAGAUGGACUGUCCUGAAUACCCUGGGAAAGAGAUGAGCUGUACUGAACACCCCCCUGGAACGGAGAUGAGCUGUACUGAACACCCUGGGAAGGAGAGUGACAGCAGGGAGACCCAGACAACAGACAUGGGCCCGCAGCAGGAAACGUGUGAUGUGAACUUUCCCCGACCUGUCAACAAGUCCACCUCACAGGUACAGGAGAGCAAAGGUGAUAUGGGAAGGCACAUGGUUAAAAAAACUGAUGAAAAACCCUACAUGUGUGGGGAGUGUGGGUACAGGACAGGUCAUAAGUCUAGCAUAUCCCAACAUAUGAGAAUCCAUACAGGACACAAGCCCUACAUAUGCGGGGAGUGUGGAUACAGGGCAACUGUGAGGUCGAGCUUGUCCCGUCAUAUGAGAACCCACACAGGUGAGAAACCCUACAAGUGUGGCCAGUGUGACUAUUCUGCAGCACAAAAAUGUCAUUUGGACAAACAUCUAGCAAAACACACAAGUGAGAAACCCUACAGGUGUGGGGAGUGUGGGUACAGGACAACUCGAAAGUCCCAGUUAUCUCAACAUAUAAGAACCCAUACAGGAGAAAAACCUUACAAAUGUGAUCAGUGUGACUAUUCUGCAGCUCAGAAAUCUUGCUUGGACCAACAUCUAGCAACACACACUGGUAAGAAACUCUACAUGUGUGACGAGUGUGGAUACAGGGCAGCUCGAAAGUCUCAUAUAUCUCGGCAUAUGAGAACCCAUACAGGAGAAAAACCCUACAAGUGUGACCAGUGUGACUAUUCUGCAGCACACAAAUCCACCUUAUCUAAACACAUGAAAACACACGUAGGAGUUAAACUGUAGAUGCUGUGUCUAUGUUCGAGAGGACCACAGUCAUGCCCAGAGUUCUGUUUUAAAGAAAGAAAUUAAAACAGCACGUUGUACAGGUAGACAGGACAUAGCAUGAUUGUGAAUACAUACUGAUUUCGUAAGUGUUUUGUAUGCUUGAAUGCUGUAUAUACCCCUACAAAUAGUUUGCGGAGUGUACUUUGCAGUGGAUAGAA